AUGACAGAGGUAGCCGUUGAUUGUUUCCCGACUCCAACCGUCAGCAGCCACAGUUUAUCCAACGAAGUGAACAACAACGGGCGUGGUGGAGUGUCCUCUGGUGGCAUGGUAGCGGUGGAAGACAAAGUGGCGCUGUUGCUGGCCGGUGCGAGGAAGUUGCUUGAGGAACCAACACCAUCAUUAUCGUGUCAUGCCGAAGAGGUGUUGCCAUGUGAUGAUGAGGAGGAGUGCCGACGCCGCUUGCGGUUUCUAGAGGCAGCCCAUGCUUUUGUGGAGCAACAACAUGUAACUCAGAGGUAUUUGAAGCGGGCUGUGGUUUCCUCACGAUCAAUAGGUGUGAACGCAUGGACCAGCGAACAGACGCGAGGGGGCUUGCCUCACUGUUCAGCACGCGACUUGCCAGCAGUCGCUGUUAUGAUAGAUGGGGAGCUAACUGAUUGUGAAACUGAGGAGUGCCCAACAAGACACAACUUGUGCUUUUCCACUGUCUUACACAUAAAGCCACGCGGUUUGUGGGCGAAGGACGCGGCUGUGCGGCGUCAGGGUCAGUACUGUAAGCAGUGCUUGGAUCCGUUACACAGGUAUAAGAUCCCUCUUCCUGUGUGGAAGGAGGCUCGUUUUUGUUAUUUCACUGGGAUGUACUACUGUAAUAUGUGUAACUCUAGCCGCUAUUCGGUGAUUCCUGCGUUUGUUUUGAAGAAGUGGGAUUUUAAACCGCGACCAGUGUGCAACGACGCGUAUGAAUUCUUGAAGUAUCACCAUAAGCAUCCAAUUUAUCGCGUGUGUGCUCUUAAUCCACGACUAUACGAGCGAGUGGCACUGCUGCGGGUGGCCCGGAACCUGCGAUCGCAGUUGAUGAAAUUGCGUGAUGUGGGCAUGAAGUGUGCUGUGCUGCGUCACCUUCUCUACCUUCACGACGCUCCUGUCGAACUUGAAAGGGACAGCAAUCGUCGCCCCUCCAGAACCACAACCAACGCCUCAGCUACCAACCAUGUAGCCACCUUUGUUGCCAGUGAUGGUGAUGCCGCCUCGUUUGCCGCUGAUUGCUACGUGCCACGCACCCGGCGGUAUUUAUUGGAGAACUGUGAACUUUGGUCAUUAUCUGACCUUGAGGAUGUACGCCGUGGGCAGUUGUUGUUCCGUCAGGAGAGCGCUGGGCGCACAAUGGCUUUUAUAAAAGAUACUUCCCUUAUCUCGCAGUUGGCGGCAUACAGCAAAGGUACAGCCGCUUUGUGUGGUGAAUGCGAUACGACUGUUUACCUCAAGCAAGUGCGAUCUCGAAUUUUACGGCACAUUCUUGUACACAGUUGUGCGACUUGCCUUGUUAAUAGUGUUGACGUGUGUAGCAUCUGUUGCCCUGCGGAGGUGGCUCAAAAGUUAGAGUGCAUUAAUGAGCAAACUCGAGGAGGUACACCGUUCGGAACCUGUGAGCAUUUUUUUGGCUCGUUGAUCAAAGAUGUUUCAGUGUUGCCUUUUCUUGUUUAUGUUUUCGACACAUUGCAUGUGUUCUGUUGCACCGGGUGUGGUAGUGCUUAUCACAGACGCUGUUUUAAGGAAAUGCAACAUACCAAGGGCGAUUUAACAUGCUGCCCGCGCUGCAGAGCAACACAGUUGAUAAAAGAGUGA